GCUGGACAUGCGAGGGGCCACCGCGGUCUCGGCCUCCCCCCUCUCUUCCACCACACUAGUGCUGAUGAGGGUUGGAGUCAUGGAAGGGCGCGCAGCGACACGGAGGUCGCCCGGGAUCCCGGUCGCUACGGCAGAACUGGAGGAGGUCGGCCGCUUGUCCUGGCUGGGAUGUAUGUAUGGUGCAGAUUUUGAGCUACCGUAUGUUCGUUCGCCGGUAAGUCUAGCGAGGAACGGCUUUAGCGAAGGACCCCUGGGAAAGGAGCUCCUUUCCACUUCCAUUCUACUGUCUUGCAUGCACCAGUCCAGGACGCGUCUCUGUUUCCGUAUUUCUAGAUGGCCUUACCCUCCAGCUUGUGAUUCGGGAAACCUGUACCUACGCCAACCGGUCUCGCAUCUUGAAGGUGCUGGAGCCGUCGGUGAUACACCGGUCUCGGCACACCGCACAUAUUCUCCACAGCUUUGGCCACAACGUUGA